CUCCACAUUGUCGGCGCCAUGUUGUACGAACUGAUUGCUGUUGUCCGUCCCGGUAGCCUCCAGGAGGUUAGAGACAUCGCCCGCAAUGCCGGCAUCCAGGUCCUCCGCUCCGGCGGCGUAGUCCGCGGAUUCACCAACUGGGGCACCUUCCGUCUCCCCAGGCCCACGACGAAGCAUCAGGCCCGCUACAGGGAAGGCCACCACUUCAUCAUGCGUUUCGAUGCCUCCGGUCCCGUACAAUCGGCUGUCCGCAGAACUCUCGGUCUCGAUCCCCGGAUGGUCCGAUUCUCCGUUGUCAAGCUGGGCGACAAGCUGGAGGAAAUCAAGCACGUCGAUGGCAAGGUCGAGUGGAACAACAACCGCACCAUCUCCGAGACGUUCUAAGUGUGAUUCGAAUGUGAUGUGGAUUGGUUGCAGUUAUGCGAUUGUGCGUCGUUCGGGACACGGAAAAUGAUUUAAUUGUCAAUGUAU